UUAACUUUUCUCAGCUCUUUGGUUCUUCUCCAUCAUAUUCUAACUUUACUUUGAUUUUAAGUCCUUAAGAAUACUAAAGGAAAUGGAAUUUGCUUUAGAAGUAGUAACGACAGUGCUUGAGUACUUUGGCUGGGACAGACACGAAAUCGAAGAGCUAUUCAAUCAAGAUCGAAGAUUAAGGAACCGAAGAAGAAGUAUCGUUCGACGAAUCGUCCGAGAGUUGUCACAUUAUAAUCUCAAAUUGUUUACGAAACGUAGCAUUGUUCGUGAGAUUGGAAGUCGACUGCCUUUGAAACCGUGUAGAAGACCGUAUUUCGAGCUAAGUCUAAACAGAAAUAAGCAAGAACUUUGUUCGGAGAUUGAAGGAAAUUCAUUAUCUCUAAUGAUGAUGGCAUCCUUAGCUGAUGUUGCCUGGAUAACGGACAGUGACAGUUCAUCAUCUGAAGCUGACCUUCCUGAUGAUGAUGAUGAUGAUGAUGAUGAUGAGGGGGAGGAAGUAAUUCUCAGAGAACUUGAAAGCCCAUUCAGGGAACCGGAGCUAGAAGUAGUCCAGGACGAACCAGAAAAUGAUGAAAAAGACAACGCUCCAAAUAAGGAGGCCAUGCAAAAAAUUUCUGCUUUGGAGGAUGAACUUCAGAGGUUGAGAGCUCAGAUAGCGAUGAUGCUGGUUUCUGCUCCACAAAAUCAAGGGGCUCCAUCCACACCAAUGGGGGCAACUGCACCCCCUCCCCCUCCACCACCACCUCCACCCCCACCAACACCCAUGACGACCCCCCUGAAACCGGUUUCACAGAUCAUAAGAGAGAACAGGGCUAAAAGAUUAUCCCUUGCUCCAGGAAUGGGACCAGCUGAACAGUCAAAUGCAUGCACUUUGCCAAACAUGGCAGAUGUACUCAAGGGAUUAGGAAAAGUCAAACUCAGAACAGUCGAAAGGUCCCCUGGUGGUACUCCCCUAAGGAAGCCUCCUGCUCCUACAGAAGGAAAUGAUCCUGCCUCAAUCAUUGCACAAGCUCUCAAGAAAAAGUUUGCACACAGAAGAAGACUUGAAGCAAACUCUCCAGACACCAACAAAGAAAAUAACAGCCCUGGAUCGCCAUUUGGUACCCCACCAUCAAGCCCUAACAAAUCUGUUCCUUUUGGACCCCACAUGUUGAAAGCAACCAAUAAGAAACGGCGAUCAAGUACUGGAUUAACAAGAACCACAAAACCAAGUCCAUUGGUUAAAGUUUGCUGAUAGACAAAUUUUCUUAUAAUAACUUUUAACCAACAGUUAGACAUUCCAUUAACAAGUAUUCUUUAAAAUAGUUUUACUUUGAUUGUAGUCCCUAAUAAUCCCAAAAAUGCAAAGGUUCUGUUUAUAGGUGUAUCCUGACUGAGUUGUUUUCACUUUUAAUUUGAUUUUUAUAUUUUCACAAAAGUUCUCAGUUACCAACAGGAGUGCUGCUUAGAGCCUGUUUUUUAAAUGGAACAUAUCAGGCUUCAUUAUGAUGUAGCCUACUAGUAAUACCUGGACUGUAUAAAUUAUGUUCUUUAAGUGUUUGAAAAAAAUUCAGUGAGCAUCUAAAUUUUAUGGUUUUACUGUUGGAAAAAGAUCUUAAAUUAAACUUAAUAGGUAUUGAAUACACAAAUGUCCAAGGUCCUGUUAAUUUACUGUGAAUAGUGUACAGUAAUUCUUAGAAGGAAUGUAUAUUACAAAGUGUCACAGAUGCCUUGUCUACAAUCAUGCUACAUGUCACAUAGUUUUCUGACAUUUUGUAAAUGCCUACUAAAUUCCCUUUCCUCAAGAGGAGGAAGUUGACUGAGAAUUCUCUGAUUGCCUGAGAAUCAAGCUAAAGCAAUUAUUGCAUUAAAUUAAUUGUUAAAUUCUAAAAUGCUGAAUCUCAUUUGUAGUGCUCUCCCCUAUACCCUAUGUAAUAAAUUUGUAAUCCAACAAUCUUCUUUGUUCUUGUAAUCUAGUUUUAGCAAAAUUUUAAGAAAAUUUCAACCUGUGGGUUGGGAAUGGAAAAAGGAGUGAGUGACAGGAGGACAAUGAGUUACCAGAGGUUUCACAGAAGUUAGAGGGGGAGGAAAGUCAUGGAAUUCUAUAAUUUCAUUUCCCAGACCUAGAAAGUCAUAGAGAAAUCAAACCAAAUGAUGCAAAAAUCAAGGUAAUUGGGUAUUAUCAACUGGGUUGAGGACGGGCUGAUGCUCAAAACAUCAGCUUUGAAAUUCUUGACAGUGCCCAAUUUACAGCAUCAACUUCAUUGAUCAUACCAAAUUACCUUGUUAUACUCUCUCACCAACCCAGCACCACAAACUUACCCCCUUUAAUGCACAUCAGAAAAAAAUUCUUUGAAUCAUUACCUUACAAUGUUUUGGGUUCCAUGGUUUCUUAGUAAUGUGAAAGCCAACUGGAAAAAGACAUGAAGUUUCAAACAAGACAGAACAAGGCAAACUUCAGGGAAAACUUAAAAUUACUGAUUGAAAGUACUAUAUGAGCUAUGAUUUAUCAUUUCAUUCAUUUUAUUUUCAACCACAGUUACCCACAGACCUUUCUAUUAAGAUCCAAUGUUAAGCUUUAUGUGUAAACAAGCACUUCAUAAGAUUGACACCUUUUUGAUGUGACUGAAAUAACUAUUUUACCUAAAAAUUGCCUUAGUUAGUUCCUAAGGCUCAAA